CUGCCUCUAUAAAGGGAGGCUUUGGUUAUCCGCUUCUACACCAGCUUGGGUCUCAAAACUUUCGAGAGAUGGCCGAGAUAGUCACGGUAAUUAUCAAGGUUGACCUGCAAUGCUGCACCUGCUCCAGGAAGAUCAAGAAAGCUCUGUGCGAGCUCCAAAAAUGGUUCAACAUCCAAUCAAUCGUCUUUGACGAGAAGAAGAACACCGUCACAGUAUCCGGCCCCUUCAACCCUGACUGCUUCAUCAAGGAGCUUCUCUGCCUCGCAUGCAAGGUGAUCAAAGGCGUCCAUAUCAAAGAGCCGGCACCACCGCCGCCGCCACCGCCACCGCCGCCGCCGCCGCCCGUGUGUGUUUGCCUGCCACCCGUGUGUGUUUGCCCGCCACCCGUGUGUGUUUGCCCGCCACACGUGUGUGUUUGCCGGCCCCCGGUGUGGCCCGUCUGCUGCAAACAGCCGUGCCCCUGCGUCGAUCCGCGCCAAGGGUGCCGCCGCUGCUGCACCUGCGGCUGGAUCUGCGACGUCCCGUCACCGCCACCAUGUAGGCCGUUCCCGGAGGCCGGGGUGAGGCCGCCCGUGUGUGUUUUCCCGCCCCAGGGGUGGCCCAACUGCUGUCGCCAACCGUGCCCCUGCUUCGAGCCACGCAGCGGGUGCCGCCGCUGCUGCUCCUGCGGCUGGGUCUGCGACGACCCCUCGCCGUCCGCUGCCUGCCGUCCCGGCUGCGAGGUUGGCGGCUGCAAGAUCAUCGUCGGGCAGGAGCCUUAUCAGUCCUGCUCUAUUAUGUAAUUUCCUAUACGUAUAGUUAUUCUCGUUGCAAGAUGUUAUUGGAUAACAGUAAUAGUUAACGGAUAAGAAGGUGGACUGAGGUAAACGUCAUGUGACUUCCUCUGUCAGUAAUGUACGUAAUAUAAUAUGUCAUGAUAUAUGUUUAUGCUGUUAUAUCUCA